AUUCAGGAAUGGAUGGAAUUAACCAAUGGGCGUCAAUUAGCGAAGAUGGCCCAGAAAUAAGAAACGAGUUUAUAUACAAUAUUUUUGACUUGGAGUAUAAAAGGGCAGCAAUAAGAAUGGGAAAUUAUAAACUGAUUGUUGGAUAUCCAGGUUUACCAUGUGAUUGGCUUCAAGUAUCUGAAUUGGAAGAAGGAAUCAAACUUGAAGAGUCCUGCUCAAAAUCAAACAUAUCUGAGAGGGGAAUUUAUCUGUUCAAUCUUAAAGGCAUGUAUAUUUAUUAUGUCAGAGGAAGCAGCGCCCGACUAAAUGGAAGUGAGGCCCAAGGCCCACAAUAA